AUGUGGGAUGCGGUGCUCGACUACGUCCGCCCCAGGGGUACGGCCAUUGUCAUGCCUGACUUCAGUAACUUCGUCUUGUGGGAUGGGAUCAAGCCGUUCUCUGUGAAAGCCGGCUUGCAGUGGGAAAUGGCGAGCUACAUGUGCGGGACUGCGGUGCUUCGCCCGGGCGUGGUGCGCCGGGACCUUGCAGCUGCAUCUCCGAUUCUGGACACACGAAAAGGCCACAAGAAGAGACUACGUCUGCUCCAGUCCCCCAAGCAAGUCGUCCCAAUCGAGUUAUCGGCCAUUGAGUUCCAGAAAGCCCUCAACCAUCUUCGCAAGGACGAGUUCACCAACCGCGAGGAUCUCAUUAGGUUUCGGCCAAACUACCUCGCCAAGCAUGAUGCCGUAAACAUAUACUUCUUCAACGGGGGCAUAUUGCCAUUCGAGUCCAAGUUGGAGAAGACCAUGCUGUGA